UCACUCGAACAUGAAUUCUCGAAAAAUCUUUGGGUUAUCACACACAUGGUACAGCAGGGGGCGCUGGGUUGUCACGUGAUUCGCCGAGCAGCGCGGUCGUUUUUACGGACAUUUGCGAAAUGGAGAAUCGUGACUCGAAAGAACCUGAACAGCAGAGAAAGCUGUUUAUUGGAGGUCUGAGCUUUGAAACAACUGAGGAGAGUUUAAGGGCCCAUUUUGAAGAAUGGGGUUCACUCACAGACUGUGUGGUGAUGAGGGACCCUAUCACCAAGCGAUCCCGGGGGUUUGGUUUUGUGACUUACCACUCUGUAAAGGAGGUUGAUGAUGCCAUGAAAGCGAGGCCUCACAAAGUAGAUGGCCGAGUUGUUGAACCUAAGAGGGCUGUGUCCAGAGAGGACUCUACUAGACCAGGGGCCCAUUUGACCGUCAAGAAGAUCUUUGUGGGUGGUAUCAAGGAGGAUACUGAUGAGACCCACAUCCGGGAGUAUUUUGAGAAGUACGGAAGGAUCGACUGCAUUGACAUAAUGGAGGAGCGGUCCACUGGAAAAAAGAGAGGAUUCUGCUUUGUGUCAUUUGAUGACCAUGACACUGUUGACAAAAUCGUUGCUCAGAAAUACCACACAAUCAACUACCACAAUUGUGAGGUCAGGAAAGCUCUUUCAAAGCAGGAAAUGAACUCGAUGGUAAAUAACAGAGGCAGAAGUGGAGGAUCUGGAAACUACAUGGGCAGAGGUGGUAACUUUGGCGGUGGUGGCGGUGGCGGCGGCGGUGGUGGUAACUAUGGCCGAGGUAACUUUGGCGGAGGGCGAGGUGAUUAUAUGGAUGACUUUGACAACGGUCCAGGUGGCAAUUAUGGUGGAGGACCCAGUUAUGGAGGAAACCGAGGAGGGGGUGGGGGUUAUGGAGGAGGUGGACAAGGAUAUGGGAACCAGGGCGGGGGAUUUGGUGGAAACUGUGAUGGGGGCUAUGGAGGAAACAGCGGAGGGUAUGGAGGUGGUGGUGGCGGUGGUGGAGGAGGAAAUUACAACAACUUUGGGAACUAUGGUGGACAGCAGUCAAACUUUGGACCCAUGAAAGGAAACUACAAUAGCAGAAACCAGGGGCCAUACGGCGGCAGCGGUGGUGGUGGUGGUGGUGGUGGUGGCUACAACUCAGGUGGCGGUGGUGGAAACAGCUAUGGCUCCCGGCGCUAUUAAAUAUUUCAUGCUUCAGUUCUUAGCAGGAGAGGCGAGGAGGUGAGCAAAGGAAAUGUCAGGAAAGCUGCAGGGUACUUUGAGGCAGUCAACUGAAAGCAUGUAGAACAACAUACAAGUCAGACAUUAACUGCAGCUAAAUUGGAGCUAUUUGUGGAAGAAGGACUGUAAAAUCAAAAGUACAGAAUAUACCCUUCCCUAAUUGUGAUAGAUGUUGCCCUACUAAGCUUCUUUUUUUUUUUUUUUUUUUCUUUUAUGCGUCUGAUGUGUAUGUAUUGUGCCCGUGGUAUCAGGAGUAAAUAAUUUUUUUAUAUAACAAACAGAGGGGAGAAAAAAAAAUCACAUCUUGCUAUUUCAAUAUUUUUAUGGUGGUUUAUUUUAUUUUUUUGCUAUGGGUUAGGUUACUGCUAUUCAGUCCAUUUUUAGUUUUAAUCUGUUUUUUGUCGAAUAGUAUCAUUAUCAGGCCUUCAGAAAAGCUGGAAUUACAGUUUUCUUUCUCGUUAUUUUUCAUUGCUUAUUUGCCAGUGUCAAUUGUACUCUGAUUUUGUAUGUGAAGCACAGUAUGUAAAUCGUGUGUAGUACUAGUGUCAAAAAAAUACCAGGAGCCUGAAUUAAAACUAAGGGAAUCCUCUUUUUUUUUUUUUUUUUUUUUCCCCCCACAACCAAUACAAUUUUAGAUUGUUCACACAUUUUCUUAGAAUUCGACCAAAUAAAAUUGUGUAGUAAAGUCA